GCCGCUGUCAGGAGCAGAAGCAGGAAGAGGGAAGGUGGGAUAGCGGGGAUAGCAAGGAAGGCUAACAUCCCAAACCUGUUGGAGAACUUCUGAUAAAUUAUAAUAAUGGGAUCAUCAAGAUGGAAAAAUGCAGCAAUCGUUGUACUCUCUGUGGUUAGCCUGCUAUGUCCAGCGAAAGCAGAUGAACAUGAGCACACGUACGCGGAUAAGGAGGAGGUGGUGCUGUGGAUGAACACGGUGGGGCCGUACCACAACCGGCAGGAGACCUACAAGUACUUCUCUCUGCCCUUCUGCGCGGGCACCAAGAAGACCAUCAGCCACUACCACGAGACCCUUGGGGAGGCCCUGCAGGGCGUGGAGCUGGAGUUCAGCGGCCUCGACAUCAAAUUUAAAGAUGAGGUCAUGCAGACGACAUACUGUGAGAUCGAGCUGGACAAGGCCAAAAGAGACGCUUUCGUCUACGCCAUCAGAAAUCACUACUGGUAUCAGAUGUACAUCGAUGACCUUCCUAUAUGGGGUAUUGUAGGAGAGGCGGAUGAGAACGGAGAGGACCACUACCUGUGGACCUACAAGAAGCUGGAGAUCGGAUUCAACGCCGACCGAAUCGUGGAUGUCAACCUGACCAGCGAGGGCAAAGUGAAGCUGGUACCCAACACCAGGAUUGCCAUGUCUUACUCAGUAAAAUGGAAGAAGUCGGAUGUCAAAUUUGAGGACCGAUUCGACAAAUACCUUGACCCAUCCUUCUUCCAGCAUAGAAUUCACUGGUUUUCAAUCUUCAACUCCUUCAUGAUGGUCAUUUUCCUGGUGGGUCUGGUGUCCAUGAUCCUGAUGAGGACGCUGAGGAAAGACUACGCCAGAUAUAGCAAAGAGGAGGAGAUGGACGACAUGGACCGGGAUCUCGGGGACGAGUACGGCUGGAAACAGGUCCAUGGCGACGUGUUUCGGCCCUCCAGUCACCCCAUGAUGUUCUCCUCGCUCAUCGGCUCAGGCUGCCAGAUCUUCUCCGUCUCACUCAUCGUCAUCGUGGUGGCCAUGAUUGGAGACCUGUACACUGAGAGAGGAUCCAUGCUGAGCACGGCCAUCUUUGUGUAUGCCGCCACAUCACCCGUCAAUGGCUACUUUGGAGGAAGUCUGUACGCCAAACAAGGAGGGAGGAGAUGGAUCAAGCAGAUGUUCAUCGGAGCGCUACUGAUCCCUGGCAUGGUGUGCGGUGUCGCAUUCUUCAUCAACUUCAUUGCCAUCUACUACCAUGCCUCGCGAGCCAUCCCGUUUGGCACAAUGGUUGCGGUGUGUUGCAUUUGCUUCUUCGUCAUUCUCCCCCUGAAUCUGGUUGGAACCAUUUUGGGAAGAAAUCUGUCUGGCCAGCCCAACUUCCCCUGCCGAGUGAACGCAGUGCCACGGCCGAUCCCAGAAAAGAAAUGGUUCAUGGAACCAGCGGUAAUUGUGUGUCUUGGAGGCAUUCUCCCCUUUGGCUCCAUUUUCAUUGAGAUGUACUUCAUCUUCACGUCCUUCUGGGCCUAUAAGAUCUACUACGUGUAUGGCUUCAUGAUGCUGGUGCUGGUCAUCCUCUGCAUCGUCACCGUGUGUGUCACCAUCGUCUGCACAUACUUCCUGCUCAAUGCCGAAGAUUACAGAUGGCAAUGGACAAGUUUCCUCUCUGCUGCUUCGACGGCGGUGUAUGUGUACAUGUACUCAUUUUACUACUACUUCUUCAAAACAAAGAUGUAUGGCCUGUUUCAGACGUCGUUCUACUUCGGCUACAUGGCUGUGUUCAGCACUGCACUAGGAAUCAUGUGUGGGGCCGUGGGAUACAUGGGAACAAGUGCCUUCGUGAGGAAGAUAUAUACAAAUGUCAAGAUCGACUGACACCGUUCAGGGUGCAGCGAUAUUUGGACACAUGAAAGACCCCCAGGAUGCCCUUUGAUGCCCUGAGGAAGACAACGCUUGUUUUCAAAGAAGUGGUUGUGGUAUCUUAUUACCUUGUAUAGAACUUAAAAAUUCAUUUUUCUGGAUGAUUUUCUGUUAGAUGACACAACACCGUGCACAGAGAAUAGAGCAGCAGCAGCAGCAUUUCUUUUUCUAAUCAGCUACGUACUUCCAAUCACACGUUUUCUGUAAUAUAUCUUCGAAGUUCCAAUGGUUCAUUUAUAAAUACCUUAAAUACGCUUCUUCCUUUUCUCUUUCUGGCAGACGCCUCACCCACCAACUGUGAACAUAGUUUUAUUGAUGGAAUAAUGUAGCUCUCUUCAGUGAAGAGGCCAAAGUAUAAUGAAAGCCUUUAUUCUAUUUUAUGAGACUAUUGGAGAGUUGGGGUUUAGUGUUUGGUUUCUGCUAAGACACACGCAGCAUCAUCCCCAACACCUGUCACCUGGUUCCAUUCAUUAGAUUAGAUAGAAAUAAUUCAUCAUUCUGGUGACAUUUGAUGUUGUCCAUCCCAGUUUCAAAUUUUGUUACUUUUAACCCAAUUCCGUUUACCCGUCAGCUGUCGCGCUAAAAUACCUUUUUUUGGCUUCUUUUUGUGAGAAUAAAGGAAGACUGGAAAAGGGUUUUGUGGCAGAAGUUGCUUACCAGUCUCGUUUCUACACGUUCUCAUCUGCUCAAAGAUAAUAUAUAUGGAUGGGAUAUGUGUAAACAAAACAAAACCGUCAUUAUGUAUGUUGAAAUUAAAUUCUCGAGACUAUUUUGAUGUACAGAUGUGCUACAGAGAGGAGAGUUUUUUUAUACUUUAUUAUUAUUGCUCUUAAUAGAUUUAGUCUUUUUUUGGAGGGGGUGGGGGUUGUGGAGAAAACCAGAAGGGAGGUCGGCUUCGUUACAUCUUGCCUGGAAAACUUGCAUGACAUUUUAACUCCUUGGCAAAAGGUACUUCGGAAUCUCUUUUUUUGGGAACACGUCAUGGCGUCGCGUCGUCCAUGCCGUGCGCAGUCUUUAUCCAACUCGGCCUGCACACAGAUGUAGACAUUACCACGGGGAAAGGGGAGUCUUUGUAUGUAUGUUUGUUCUGUUUAUUUGUUUGUUUGUUUUUUAAAAACGGCUUUUAAAGGCUCUCUGUUUCAGACAGCUGAAUUCUGUGAGCUGUCAUAAGUAACAGUGUCCUGAUUAUUGGCAUAACUGUCAUGACCGAUUUCCCCGUCAUGCUGUUUCUUAACACAUAACGGCACAAGUUCAAGUCAGUGUAAAACCAUUUACAUAUUGUUCCCAGCAGUGCUACAUUGUGCUUAAAAGAUGUAUUUCUUGUAAAUACAGUAGGUAUAAAAAAAAAAAACCUUCAUAAGUGGCUAGUCCUGAUUCUGUUUUAUUUCUGAAUUGAUCUGGCAUCUUUGAUUGGCAGGACGUUUUAAAGACCUGAUGUAAACUUGUAAAAAGAUGGAAAAUAAACGUAUUAUCUAUGUAUAUAAAAA